AUGCAGCGGCAGUGGGAUAAAACCCAGGAGAGGCUGGGUCGAAUGGAAACCCAACUAUUAGCAAUACAGAAACUCCUAGCUGACGUUAAAUUUUCACCGGAAGUGCCAGAGGAUGUAAAAUCGAAUGUGGCAGUCGGCAAGUUCGAGGCAAUCAAUUCCAGACAGUUUUUUAUCGGGAAGAAUAAUCUUCAGGAUUGGAAUACCUCUGCGAACAUUUGCCUUCAAAUGGGAGGAUAUUUAGCAUCCUUCCAAAGUCAAGAAGAGUUUGACCUCGUCAAAGCCAAGCUAAAUAGUCAAGAUUCCUACUGGCUGGGCAUCCAAAUUCAGGAUAAUAAUAACACCUUUACAUCAGUUUCCACUGGCCAGCCAGCCAAAUUCAUAGAGCUUCCGGCUAAUAUAUUUCAUAACUGCAUGAACAAUUCCUGUUUCGUCUUUCUGCACGGCGGCAAAAUGAGCCUUUCUGAGUCGGUCAUGAAGGCUAAUUACAUAUGUCAGGCGGAUGAUCUGUAG